CACUCCUCGAAGCGCGAACUGCUGAAAUCCACCGAUGAAAUACUAGGUGAGAUGUUGCGCGAAAAUAUUAUAUUUCACGUGUAAAAUUAACAUGUUAUCUUCACACAUGAAAAGGUUACCCACCAUGUUAAAGUGAAUCUCAUUGGAUAUAUUUUCAGGGCUGCUAGGAAAUACGAAAGUCCUCUUCUGUGUGUUUUAAAAUGGGACUAGAAGUCUUUUCCGUAACGUUUGUAGCUUUUGUACGACUUCUGUUUUCAAGAAGCGUAAAUUUUUGUUUCUUUAUACACACUUAGGUUUUUUCAUAACAUAAUUAUCAUGAUUUUCUUCUCAGAUAUUGGUCAUCACUGCGCAACUUGGUGACGUCGUUAUUGAGCAGUGUUCGCUCCAUUCUUAGCUUACUGUUUCUGCUUUUCCUCUUUAUCGUAAUUUUUGCUUUGCUUGGAAUGCAAGUCUUUGGAGCAGAGUAAGUCAGUUAUCUAUCUUCCAGAAUUUCCAUUUUCUUCUUUCUCAGAGGUGUUAUCAUAACCCAGCAAAAAGGAAUGUAAAUGAUUUUGAACUACCAAAAUACGAAACUGUUUGAUAUGGUAGACGUUCUAUAACUCUCAUUUAGUCCAAGCUAACCAGAAAACUAAGUACUGCCGAAAGUCUUAAUUCAUUCAAGAGAAAUGUUAAAGGGAACCUCCACUCUUACUACAGAAUAAGUUUAAAUCGAGUAAAAUUAUGUUGAUAAACAAAUUUGUUCGAAAUUUGUCUUAAAAAUAGUGUUUAUAUCAGGAAAAGUGAAUUUUAAAAUCGCUUAUUUUCACUUUCAAAUUUCGCGGGCGCCGCCAUCUUGAAUAAUUGUGACGUGUUACGGUUGCUCUAUUGUUCUGACACAAAGCCAUCUUGAAUAAUUGUGACGUGUUACGGUUGCUCUUUAUUGUUCUGACACAAAAGAGCUUUUGUUUAAUAACAAUAUCUGGACAACCAUUACCCGUCACAAUUAUUCAAGAUGGCUUUGUUAUAGGUUUUAAUAAUUUUUUGUGUUAAAAGAUAAAAAGAAAAUAUAGUCCUUUUUUUUAAAUUUUUUUAUAAAAGUUAUUUAUCCCCCGAAGUCAGAUACAAACGCUUUCUUUAAAAAUAUUUUAGAUUGACUUGACUGUAACAGUUAUUUUCUGUGAUUUAAGAUGAUUACGUUGCAAUUGACGGUGUUCCAAGGAUCUUUUUUUAUGAUGUUGUUGCAAGUUCAGACAGAAAUGUUUUUUUCUACAGAUCAGUAAACGCCGACAAGCCAAAUUUUGUCUCUUUCUUGGUAUUUGCUGGAGCAGCUGCUUCAUUUACCCCUAAAAUGUCAUCUUUCGAAACUGUCGCAAAACGAGAAGCCAUUUUGAAUCCCGUCCCAAAACAGUGAAUAUCCAAGGAUGUUCCGAGUUACAGGAGCCAAUCAGAACUCGCGAGAAUCGCUAUCCACUGAUUUGGUGAAUAGUGAUAAUGAAUAUAGUCUCAGUGUCCCCCAUUAGCUGUAAAACUGAACAUUUCAUCUCAUGUUAAGGUUACCCUAUUGCUAAUGUAUAAUAAAAAGUUGCAUAUAGGGUUUUAAACCUUGUUUGAUUUCAUUUCUGUCUUAUAGAUUUAGAGAUCUUCCUGAUCGAGACGGAAAUCCCAGAACAAACUUUGACAAUUUCGGGAAUGCUGCACUUGCAGUUUUUCAGGUGAGUAAAAUAGGGGAAAAAACUGACUUUUUGUUGGGAACUCCAGCAAUUAUGUUACUCUAAUAGUUUUCUACAAAUCAGUCCAAAACGCUAGGUUGGGUGAUAAUCAAAGAGGGAAGGUAAUUUCCUUACUUUUUGUCGGUAACUCUUAACAGUGCUUAAACUGACAAACCUGAGGCCGACAGUGCGCUCGUUUUCUCCCCCUCUCCAUCAGUGCAUACGGGUAUCUAAAGCUACUUAAUGCCACACGGAGAGGAAAGAAGUCAAAACAAGGAUUUGAGGUCACAGUAGGUCUUGGGAAUCGAACUUGGAACCUCUCGCACAGAAGGAAGCGCACUUACCCACUGUGCUUAUCCUUGACCCUGAAAAUGACCCACCAAGACAGAUUAUUCCCUAGGUGUUCCCGGAUCCGUCACUUCUGGACUCUAACAUGAGCCGUGCUGUCCCCGACACCCUUUCCCAGACUUCGCGUGGACAUCUGGGCAAGAGAGAUCGUCUAGAGACUUGGCUGCCAAUAAGAAACACAGACAGAAAAUUACCACUGACUCGUCAUCCUUCGUCUCUGCUUGGAUUGCACGCAGAGGAUGGAACGCAAGAAGCCUGACUGAAGGGAGCGAGAGGGGUGAUGGGAAGGAGGACGGGUCAGAAAUUAUCAUAAAAUCUUAGCAAUGUACGAGCACUAGAUGGGUCAGCAGUGUGCGAAACGGUGAACUUUAGGAACGUAUUUUCAUUUGCGUCUUUUAUCUCAUUGAGCUCAAAGUCUACCGGAUGACAGAACUAAUCUUAUUGAACAUUAUUCUACAGCCCGGUUAUUCAACUGAAGUUUCGUCGUACAGUUAAGUGAGCUCUUUUGAUCUAAUGGGAUUUUUUUUUUAACUCAUAGAUCUUGACAGGCGAGGACUGGAAUGCGGUGAUGUAUGAUGGUGUCUCGUCUCAAGGCUUUGAAGAAAACCAGAUUAACAUAUUGUGGUCAUUGUAUUUUGUUCUACUGGUGGUUUUAGGAAAUUGUAUCCACUUAAAUGAUAGUGUUACAAUUUAAUGAGCUUCAAAGUAGAGGCUUUUAAGUGAUGUUUUUGACGGCGUCCAAGUUGCAAUGAUAUCUAAGAAGUGAAAAUUGGAAUCUUUUUGUUUAGCCUGUACAGCUGGCAAAAUUAGUGGGCGAGUGCUGUUGUAUUUUGGUGGCGGAGCCGUGAAAAGUUUGGAAGCGAGUCAAGUUUUCCCUCGCGGGUCCGCUGCCAAGUAAGUACCCCGCGCAAAGAGAUCUCUUGCCCGCACAUGAUAAUCCCGCCAGCUACGCAGGCUAUUUUGUUUUGCCCGCUUUAGUAACAUAACUAUUAGAGAACGCAUUCGUUCAGUCCAAUCAAUGUUGCAUAUUUUUCAAAAGAGAUGCACUGAAAAAGUUCUACCAGGUUUUUUUCAAUCUGUAGUGUUGAGGGGAAGGGUGGUUAGAGACUGUAGGGGUGAGGGUGGGGUUAGGGGCGGGGGGAUGCGCUGGUAAUUCUGUCUAACCCAUAACUUAACAAUGUUCAGUGUCGAAUUUCUCCUCAUUUUAUCGCUGUUUAAUGAAGUGGAAAGAAAGGUCAUGAAAAUGAAUAUAAUUUAAUUACUACUUGUAUUCUGGGUAGAACGUAUUUCGUAGAGCCUGAACUCCUGUGAUUAUUAAUAAUUUAAUUACUACUCUAUCUACUCGAAUAAGCGCCGCGGUACUUAUUAAAUUUUCCACGUCUCAAAUGCGGCGCUUAUUCGUGUGAGGCAUUUAUUUGAAAGUUGCACGCGACAAAGCAUUGUUUUAACUACGUUAUCAUUAUUUUCCGUAUAAAACAAACAGAAUUAACGUCUUUUGAUUUUGAUUAUAUCGGGGCCGAGGCGCUUAUUAACAUUUUUUUUGUCUUAAAUGCGGUGCUUAAUUGGGGCGGCGCUAAUUCGAGAAAAUACGGUAAUCAUCAUAGAAAAAAUAAAUUGAUAAUUUCUUAGGAAAUCGAUUUCUUCCCGUGACCAUUUUAAAACAAUAUAAUGUGGAGAGCAUAGUGAAGUUGAUGUUAGGCCUUGAAGGAUAAUGAUUGGUUUCUAAUCUUGAAAAAUGAAGGAAAAAUUUGAUCCCUUAACAAGCAAACAGAUACUCUUCUCAAUGUAUUCUUGGCCAUUGCCGUUGACAACUUGGCUAAUGCACAGCAACUGAGUCAAGAUGAAGAGGCUGAGGAGAAUGCGAGAGAAGAAAGAAGAAGAGAAAUUGUAGAUCAGUACCGAGAUCGUAGCUCUCCUACUUCCAGCCCAGGGUAAGGAUGUCUAAGUAAAAAAUGUAACACGCCUUUCACUUCUAAAGUCACCAGGACUCCACGAAACAAAAGGUUUAUGCCUUGAAGAGAAACAAGCGUUGUUUAAGUAUGUUAAGAUUUUUACUUGUUUUUUUUUUGUUGUUGUUACAUUCCUCCGGAAAGUGAUGACGUAAAAUGACCAUUUUCUCAGAAUGUAAAAGUCUUAAAAUGAGAACACUUAACGAGCCUAACAAUUGAGUUUUCUUGAAUUUUUGUGCGAGUUCAUGGGUUUAUUACAGAGAUGUGCUUGGACUCGGUUUUCUUCGCUUCACUGACAGUUUUCGAGUUUCGUGUUUGGGUUCUGCAACUCAACUGGCUGGCAAAACAGUAAUAUUAAUUAACGAAACCAAGACCAGCCUUAAAGGAUGACAAGAAUCACCCUUACCCUCUACCCCUAUCUAAAUGAUGUUAGCAGCAAUUAUUGCGACAGUCAUCAUGAUAACCUAAAUUGUUUUGGUUUUUGCAGGCGAAACGGAGAUGCUAGGAAGGUGAGUAUGUUUGUUUUUGAAAGAUGAUGAUGACGACAACGAUGACUUGAACUCGGGGAGUAACAGAGCAGUCUUAAUCUAAAUCUUUUGGGGGGGUAAAUAUUUUUUUUCGUGGGGGAGGCAGGAGUUCUCUUUGGUUCGAAUGUGUUUGGGGGAUUUUGAAGCAAUACCUAAAGUCGUGACGUCGUUUCUUCUGAGCGUUAUUACGGUAUGAUCUUUCAACUAUGAUUUCGUAGAAUGAUGUUCUUAUUCACACUCUUUUUUUGCUUAUGCCUAGGGUAAUGAUUUUGGUCCAACUGAAGAUGAAUUUGAGUCAGAAUUAGACGAUGGUAUGUUCUACUUUAUUUUAGUGCCAGUGUCUUUUGCACGAAAUUAAUAUCUGAGAACGCUGUUUUUAUCUCUCUAUCUGGAGACGGGAACGCGAUUUAUACCUAGUUACCCAAGCCACGCGCUAGUAGAGUGACCCUACCAUCACAAAACAGGGUUCUAUCUAGGGUAUUUGAGGGGUAAAAGCUACCCCCCCCCCCCAGAAUGCCCAGCUUCCCCCCAAAAUAUAUUGUUAUCAUUUCAGCAUAUAAGUAACUGCAUUGGAAAAAUCAUACAGACAUGACGAGGUCAGUGCCCAUGAAGUAAGUAUUCCCUGUCUAAGGAUACUAUAUUACAAGGAACAUGAUCACGACUGAAAAAUAAAAUGAAAUACCACCGUAACAUUUCUCAAAUUUUUUUCUCAAAAUGCACCAGAUUGCAUCUCAGCGCAUAUUCUUUUCAAAAAAUUUCCGGGGGCGCGUAUGCCCCCGGAUCCCGCUUCUCCCCCAAACGAUAAAUCCUAGAUAGAACCCUGCAAAAGGGUUACCCGGCGGGUCACCCUUCUAUCUGAGCCAACGUUUUGGUUCUCAUGUGAACGGUUCUCCAAGUUUUGUAAGGAAAUGUAGGAAAGAUUGGUCCGCCCAGGGUAGCGGUGUUCGCGAUUGACUCCUCUACAAGGGGCAAGUUUUCUUCACAUAAACGCGGUCUCGGAAAAGUUAAAUUAAAAAUGUGUCUGUCUCAGUGAUGGGUUGCUGUUUUUUGUGUCACAGGCAGACCAUCAUUUAUCGCUAACCUCAGGAAUCCUGGUCGGAUGGUUCCUCAUCAAAAACCAGGGGACCAAGUACCUAUCAUUGACACGUGGUCUUUAUUUCUCUUUCCACCUGGAAACCCGUAAGUUUUGUUAAAAGAUAUUGAACUUAACUGACUUUAAAUCCAUGAUUUCAGGACGUUGAAAUCUAGAAUAGGGUAUAGAAAUGAGAAUAUUUGGUCUAGAAUAGAGUAUCAUUGACUUUUGCAAUCUAAAAGAGUGGUCGGAAAAUUUAGACUUGAACGCUCGUGAGUGGUGCUGCCUACACCAUUCUACCUUGACUGUAGAUCUGAGACAGGCAAAAGCUCAAGUUGUAUUUACAAACUUUAACUUUUUAUUCAUCCUAGAUGGACCCCUCCAUGUAUUUUAGAGUGCUUUUUUUUUUUUUACCUCAAUCAACCCCGAGGUCAAAUGAUUAGUCACUUAGCAAAUUGUUUUUUUUCUCUCUCUCGCUCUCUUUCAGGCUGCGGAAAGCUUGUCACUGGCUGGUCAAUUUACGUCAUUUUGACAACACCAUUCUGGUCAUUAUUCUUAUUAGUAGUGUACUGUUGGCUCUUGAAGAUCCGGUGGAUGAAAAUUCUCAAAGAAAUACGGUAAAGUUGUGGUAGAGUCAACCGUGCCUGCGUAUUAUCUUGGGACAAAAAAGAGAGCAGGGCCGUUAUUAUGUAUUUAUUGACUGAGUGGGAGAGCCGGACUGGAAAAUAUUUGGCUGCGACCUGACCGAAAGUCAAAUAUUAUCCCGUACGGCCCGAACAAACUCAGUCAAUAAGUAUUUUAUCACAUGAUGGUUGUGUUUUUGAAUUUUUCUGACAAAGCGAACCCGCAUCGACCAGCACGCUUUUCUAGCAGGGUCGUACGCGUUUUUUUGGCCAUAUCACUUGACACGUACGGCCCCCAUACGAAACUGCGCGAGGGUACGUACGGGUCAUAGGAUAAUCUCACUUACUACUGCACUCAAACAACAGAUUCCAAAGAAAAAAAACGCCUUAAACACCAGCGUUCUUUAAAACAGCCACAUUUUUGUGUUUCAUUCUCAGACUUGAACUUCCUUUCACUGUCUUUCCUUUUGAUUGCCAGACAUCUACAGACCAAACACCGGUUGUUCAAACGUAGGAUAGCGCUAUCUACCGAAUAAAUCACUAUGCAGCGGAUAAGUAUUAGGGAAACCAGUUACGUUAUCCACUGAUAGAUUUUUAUCCGGUGGAUAGCUCUAUUCACCGGAUAAAUCACUAUGCAGCGGAUAAGUAUUAGGGAAACUAAUUACGUUAUCCACGGGAUAGAUUUUUGUGGUGAAUAGCGCAAUCCAACGUUUGAACAACAGGGGCCAAGUCAUCACUACGUAGGGCUGCUCAUCUCAAGGGGGCGGGAUAGAAGUUGAUUUCUCAGUUCUUGAGUUUGGGAAGAAAUUUGAGCCAAAAUUUAUAACAUAAAUCCGUUUUCUUGCAGUAUCGAUUGUAACACAGGGUUUGUCAAGGAUUUUUGUACCUCCUUUUUCUUUAAUAUUUUGAAUUUCUUUCGGUGUUUGUAGGUGCUGACUUACUUUGAUUAUGUCUUCACUACAGUAUUUGCUAUGGAAGUCGUUGUCAAGGUAAUUAUUUAUAAUUUGUAUUUUAAAAAUGAUUGCGGUCAUUAACUGUCUCAGGACUUGAUAACUGAAACUCCUUAAGUUUUUCGUCGGAAGACUUGGAUGUCUCUGAAAGUUUUCGGCGAUGUCUGAACGCAGUCAGAGUACUCUUGUAACUUUCUGGUAAAUUUUCGACAAUUUUCAUGAGUUUCAGCACAGUUUUGAUAAGUCUCCUCCAGGUUGGUCCGUCUGGUCUAGCAAUCUAGACCUCCCUUGAUUACGCCUUUCCAAAAACACCUACACAUAUUCUUCAUAACAUUCACAAGGAGACGCUUACAAACAUUGUAUAUUCCUGGUUUUAAAUGUUUUAGCUGAUCGACUAUGGUGCCAUACUUCACCCUGGAUCCUACUUCAGAGAUGCUUGGAAUUGUAUUGAUGCCUUGGUCGUGUGCUGUGCCAUAGCCUCCCUUGUUAUGGGGUGAGAAAUAUGGGGAGCAAUUCGGGUUUCUGGGAAACUAGCGUGAACAUGUCCUAAAUCAGUGGUAUUGAAUCAAUAAAUGAACAAUAAGUACCAUUAAAAACUUGGCUUUAAAUUAUUUGGUUUGACAUAAUUUUUCGUGUUAUACAUCUUUCUACUGCUUUUGUGAUACACAGGAAUCAGGAAGGCACGGUUGACCCAGGUUCUAAGAAGACAGUCAAAGUUUUGCGUGUUCUCCGGGUUCUUCGUCCACUUAAAGCCAUUAACAAGGCUAAGAAAUUGAAGGUACUCUUAUCACAGUUACUUAUUGAGCAAUAAGUUCUUUUCUCUGAUCAAGCGUUCUUUUCUUUCGCUAAAAAGAAUUGUUGAUCGCAGGUUGAAUAAGCCGUCCAUGUCCCUUAUGCUUCAUGUAUUACAUACUGAAAAUUCAUCCUGAGUCUCGUUUGUGAACAAAUUAAUUCCUUCGCUGUUAAACUGUUGUUAACAUUGAUUUUUUUUUUCAAUGGUGUGAAAUUAAAAAGCCUGCUAUCUUCAAAAUCGUAAUCUGUUGCAAGACAAGAGUGCACCAGCUUAUUUUAGGCUUCUUUGUUAGUUUAUUGUUUUUGUCAAUUUUCCUUAUUUAUUUAUUUAUCGUGGUAUUUAUUUAUCAAUUUAUAAGAAACGGUGACCAAAAGCAAUAAUGCCUUUGGUCACUGUUUGUAGGCGCUUAAAAUUAUUUCUACGGGGUAAACUCGUCUGCACACUUAAUUUAUUGAAAUAGAUUAAUGAGUAUCUUUUUAGUUAUCAAGGCUGUAAUGGUCUAGUGCUAGUCUCCCUUGCAGGCGCGCUGUCCCGUGUGUCGUCACGCAAUGCUCCUCCCCACACGUGAAAACACAAAUAACGGCUGCGUGGGUUACUGAGGCAACUUUCACACGGUAUCGGACGAAUUUUCGACCGGCUUAAAAAUUUGACCGGGUGCUUCGUUCACACGGGACUGUUCAAUAUUUUCGAUCUGUUCACACGGAACUUUGAACGGCUGGGCGUCUAAAUCUUUGUACGAUUAAAGUGCUUCCGUGUGAACGGAAAACCUAAAUGCACGAAUUUUCAACCUGUCAAAAAUUCGUCCGGUGCCCGUUUGACCGUAGCUUAAAAGUGGCAGCGGUGAGCUAAGUUUUAUUCGUAUGUGUACUUUAGUGUUAGCUAACGAUGACAUGUUUGCUUGUUAGGCUGUGUUCCAGUGCAUGGUGUACUCCCUGAAAAACGUUCUCAACAUUCUCAUCAUCACUAUUCUAUUUUUGUUCAUCUUCUCUGUUAUUGGAGUGCAGCUUUUCCAAGUAAGUGAAUACACGCUCAAUUACAUCUUUUCAAUUGCCAGAAGUCGUUCAUACACGACUACACGUCCCAUGUAAGCUAUUCCAGAUUUUGGAAUCCGGGACAUUUUUGCUUGUGGAAUCCGGAAUUCUGGACUUUGGAAUCCGAAUUUCAGUUCUAGGAAUUCGGAAUCCCCGAAUCCAAGUUCCAGUGACAAAGAAUCCACAAUCCAGUACCUGGAAUCCGGAAAUCCAAUGCUGUCUUGGAUUACCUUACAUGGGACGAGAUUGCGCAAUUGAGCGACUAGUGCGAAAAUCCUUGUCCCCAUACAUGGUUUUCUUCGCUCUUCAAUCGUCCAAACCUUAUGACGCGCUAUCUACGGACGGAGUACUAGUAUGGGUAAAUUACUCGUAGAGAUAUCAGUAGGUUACCCCAAGAAGGGCGAUGAUUCCUUCACAGCAUUUGAAGUUGAAGAAAUAUGUUCCUCUACCCGCUCCAAGUACCACAGGAAAAAAUAACGGAUUCCCAUUUUUGAAUAUUUUUGGGUAUUUAAAGAAUACCCAUAAAAAUCCCAAAUUUGGAAACGUCCCAACCAGUUAACCAAGUUCCCAGAUUGGGACUUGUCUCACUCUACCAAAUUUGGGAUUUUUGUGGGUAUUCUUUAAAUAUCCAAAAAUAUCCAAAAAUGGGAAUCCGUUAUUUUUUCCUGUGUAUACACGGAAACGGUUAGGCUUUCUAAAAGUCCUUUAUUUUUUCCCUGGUUGGUUAUGCCAUUAAAGGACUUUUCAUGCCUGUCUGGCGCGAAAUUGACCGGUCAAAAAUUCUACCCGUGACGUCAUGACAAUUAACCCAUAGGACAGUGAGUGAUAUUUCACGCUGCUCCCGACACAGCAUAUGUCAAUCAGUUUUUUCCCGCGUGAAUUUAUAAUGUGAUUCAAAUCCGCUCAGGCGAAACAAGUCGACCUUUAGACUCCGUCGCUCGCUCGGUCGCUGCGCGACCUCAUGCAUUGAAGCUCGUUUCACUCACUUUUAGAACUUAUGAGAGGUCGACUUGUUGCAAGUCUAGGAAACGGUGUAUCUUAAGAUACGCCUCUUGUCUCGAAGACGCCUCCUCUACAAUGUUAAGUUUGUGUUAGAAGCCUCUCUCUAACAAACGCUCCCUGUCUAAUAGACACCCCCCCCCCCCCCCCCCCCAUAUAUGACACGUGCUCGAAAAUACUUGGAAUUAGCGACAAGGAGCAAAAUCAUUCAAUAUAUUUCUUAAUGAUUGACAAGCGUUUGAGCAUUACAUCUUGUUCAAUGUCAAGUUCACUAUAAAGAUUGAUCAACUAUCACAACACAGUGACUGAAUGAGGAUUCUGGUAUCAACGGUUGAGAUUUGAAAAAAACUAUAUUGAUCUCUAGACGGCCUAGGGGUAUCAAUUGAUGGGCUGCAUAUUCCACUUUUUAUAAACUCUCUUGAUAUUUUUGCCGAUAGCUUAUUAGUUUUGUAGAGAUUGUUACAAAAAUGAAAAUAUAAGCCUCUCUCUUUGAACCGCCUUCUUUUCUGUUUUAUCGCCCCCUUUUGGAACCCUUAAAUUAAAUUAACGCCCCGGGUAUCUAUUAGAUCAUUAACGGUAUUUUAUUUUAAUUAUUUUCUUACUUAUUUACCGUGUAGUCUUUCGCGAGGCCUGUUAGAAUUUGUUUCCUCUGCAAGCUGCGAGAAGCUUUCUUUUUUACGUUUCUGCAUCUUUUUUCUUUGUUAUUGCUUGUUUGUUUGUUUGUUUCUGACCGUGCCUUGACAAUUUUUUCUCCUACUGGCCAUAAUUUUAGAUGAAUGUUGCCGCAAGUUCUCACAAAACGAUCAUGUAUUAAGUAUUAUAUUUUUGUAGGGAAAGUUCUUCAGUUGUAAUGAUGCCUCCAAGAUGACAGAAGAGGAGUGCCAGUAAGUUUCCCUAUUUCACAUCUUACCUACCCUGGGUCCCAGAGGUUUUUACUCGCGUGUGACGUUUGAGUGGGGGAUGCUGUUGGUUAAAGGCAACCCAUUUGAAUGCUGUUAUUGCUAAGCGACCAACACAUACUCAGUAAUUUCACUCGCUUUCUAGGUUGUAAAGGUGAUAUUACACGAGUCGAUUAGCAACGACGAUUUUCAGCGCAACACAGCGUUGCAACAUUGUUUCGACAUUCCAGCGCUGUGUUGUGCUAAAAAUCGUCGUUGCUAAUCGACUCGUGUAACAUCACCUUAAGACAGGUUUGGUGUUAUGGUACUGAAGUUUCCAAGUCCGAGUGCGGCUGCGUGCAGUUUAGUGUUAAAUAGAGCAACGUCAGAGCGAUUGAACUGUCUUGGACCAUAUUUAAAUUCUUUGACGAACCCCAUCUCGCUAUCCUUUAGGGAGCAAGUAAUUUUGCAUUUGCUGUAUGCGAAUAACAGUGCUUCUUCAUCAUUUUCUUUGUAGAGGAUAUUACCUUGAUUACAGUAGUGGCAUGAGCGAAGUGAAAGUGAGUUUCUGUUACUUUUUAUUUUCUUUUUCUCGCAACCUGCACUGGCUAUUCUCUCAUCCUUGCAUUCCUGUAGAGAAUUGUGCCAAGUUACCCCCCAACCCUUUCUUUUGCUGCUGGUAAACUAAUGUUGCGUGACGUGUCGCGCUACUAGUGUUGUUGUCACGCGAAGAUAAUUCCUUUGCCUAUCACAAAAACUUAAUGUGGUGCAUUUAUUAGCCUGCAGAUUUGUUGAAGUAACUCUCCCUCGCGGUACGAUCAAUCGGAAACUGGAUAGUUACACGUUUGUCAUCAGUAUCGAAUUUCUGUGCUCGUUACUCAGGCGUUAUUUCACGGGGAAACCAGCCGAAGUGUGGCGAAAUGUCAGUUGUUUUCUCAAGUUAUACACAGAUGAACCUGAAAAGUUACGUGGUAUCAUCUUUACUACUCGACGUGAAUUUUUGUUUUGCAGCGUAAGGAACGAGAAUGGUCCGGGGAGGACUACAAUUUCGACAAUGUAUUUAAUGCAAUGUUGGCACUUUUUACGUCUUCAACCGGAGAGGGAUGGCCUGCGUAAGUCACAACUCAAAUGUAGUUAUCCUUGAUUUAGUAGUUGUCAACACUCUCGUCUGAGCGACCCUAAAGGCCUUUAUGUUCUCAAGUUUUCUUCUUUCCCACGGCCUAACCACGUAAGUUAGCUGCCAAAACGUACCUCUCUUCGGAUGAUAUUGGUGGUGAUCAUUAUUUCGGUGAUGAUGCCAAUGAUGGUAGUGAUAUUGGUGAUGCGGCUGAUGAUGAUAAUAUCGGUAGUAGUGAUGGUGACAUUGAUGUAGAUGAUUGUGGUGAUGAUGUUGGUGAUUAUGAUUUGUUUGACGUUGGUAAUUUUGUUGUGAUGCUGCCAAUGAUGUUGGUGAUACUGAUGGUGAUUAUGAUUUAGAUGAUGGUGAUGGCAUUGGUGGUCAUGGUUUGAAUGACAGUGCUGGUGGUGAUAGAGGCGAUGGUGGUGAUGAUGAUUGUGCUGUUGGUGAUGACUGUAUUGGUGUCAUUAUUAUGUUCACAAUGAUCAGGGGCACCCAACGUCAAUUCGUAGAAUUCUCGGAACAUUUGUUGUAAAAUUUCUUGCUUACCUGCCUCUGCUAGGAUUUUCGAACUUCUAAACAAUGGUAUAAUUGCCCAUUUUCAACGGAUUUUUACCCUAAAAAGGUCACCGAGAAUUUUCGAGAGCCUUUUUUCUGGCUGAAAUUUUCGAUUAAGGUAAGCUUUUAUCCCUAUAAUUUUCGGAUCACUAGACUUUUAGCUAGGAAAUCCGAACAGAUGAAAAAUUCUUAGGGGAUAAAAAUAGUCCUAUAUUUACAGUUUAAAUACUAAAAAAUAGAUUAACAAUGCUAUGUUUAAGUGGUCUUGAACUAUAUUCUCGUUGGGUGCCCCUGAAUGAUGACAGCGUUGUAAGAGGUGCUGAGGGUGAUGGCGCUGGAGGUAUUAGGGAGCUAAAGCAACCUUAACGGCAACGUCAGCGAAAGCCUCUUAGUGUUGGCGUCUUCCAUAAAACGCGAAACUGGUAAGUUUCACGUUGUGCAACAACGGCAAAGAUGUGUGAUAGAAAGCCUGCUGCACGUGCAGAGUUGUUGUUUUGCUAAUCUAAGGCUAUUGCUUUUUCGCCACUCUCGUUUCCAUCGCCGUUGCUUACUAAGCUCCCUAUUAGUAGUAGUGGAGGUGGCUUCAUUCAUAGUACAUGCGGCCAUUUGUAGCUCUUGUCCACAGUUUCCCACGAAUCUACCUGUCCCACCCUUAUGUCCCUUUUUAGAAAAAAGGCGUUGAUUAUCCGCUCCUUGUGUUUAUUCUCUUUAUAGACUCAUGCAAAGAUCCAUCGACACAACCGAGAUCGACCGAGGACAAAUCGUUGAUAACAAGAUUGAAAUCGCACUCUUCUAUAUUUUCUUUGUUGUGGUUUUCUCGUUUUUCUUCAUCAACAUCUUUGUAGCUCUUAUUAUCUUAACCUUUCAAGAACAGGGCGAGAAGGACCAAGGUGACUGCGAACUGGACAGAAACCAGGUGAGAUAGAUGCCUGACAUGUAUGAAUAUGUGACCUCUGUGCAGCACACAUUUCUUGUGCAAAACAACUCAAUGGUUUUGUUUAGAUCUGAACUGGGCCCUCACUGCCGAGCUUAAAGAGCUCGGUAAAUCCAUGACUACAAACCAGUGGGGGCAGUCGCCGGAACAAAAUAUUAUAUCUUUUUAGACCUAGUCUUGCAGUCAGUUGUUAGUCCGUAGUUUCUCUUUUAAGAACAGAAAAAUAGAAUAGAAUGCUUUUUUGAAAUACCUCACUAACGGUAUCGACUGAACUGCUAUACAAUUUGUAAAAAAGGGUUAUGAAACAGAAUUACAAAAUGUUUACAUACGAGCCAUAUCAAAAAUAAUUGCUAUAUCAAAUCCUACAUCUACAAACAUAAAAUCUUAGACUAACUGAAUUAUAAAACGUACUUGCGCAUUUGUUAAUAAAGGUAUCACGGCAUCUGUUAGCCUUGCGUAGGUCCUUAGAGGGUCCUUCGUUGAAUGGAAUGAGAGGGUGCAAAACAUUUAAUCAUUGCUUACUCUGGUCACACAAGCAAAACUCACAAAAUAUCUUUUAAGACACAUGCUUAUACACUCCUGAAAUAGGUGGAACAUUAUUUGCUUGUCAUUAGAACGUAUCGACAUAACUGGCCUGUACAACGUCAAGUCCCUGUCCACUGUAGGAAAACGUAUUCACUAAAAUACUCAAUUGUUAGUGUUUUUCCCAUGUAAGAUACCUCAAGGAACUUGUGUCAAUAGGAGUGAAAACUUACGCUGAUUUGUAACAUAUUUUUGUUAGAGAGAUUGUCUUCAUUUCGCCAUCGUUGCUAAACCCUCUGAGAGAUUUAUGCCAGAGGACCCUAACACCUGGCAGUACCGUAUAUGGAGAAUUGUCGAUUCCAGGCCUUUUGAGUAUUUUAUCAUGUUGCUGAUUGCUCUGAACACUCUUAUUCUUAUGAUGAAGGUACGUGCUUUCUAAUUCUAAUAGAGGAUCUCUGUCAAUGAUCUCUACCCUUGACAAAACUUAACUUCUUACUCUCUUCGGGACCGUGCUCUUUGUGCAGUGUUCUUGUGCGGUUCACGACUUAAUAGGAAUUUCAGCGGAUCUUAGCAUGGGUUGUUGCAAUGAAACCUCACUAAAGGCCACCGAGAAAAAAAUACCACAAUAAGUUUUAGGCCAAUAAUGUUGGGAGUUGUUGGCCUACAAUGUUGCGUCCGUUUGCAAAAAGUUUCACCAGUUUCAAACUUUGCGUAAGAACUCCCAACAACAUGCAACAGGGUGUACAAACGGACGCAACAUGUAACAUCCAACAAUAUUUGGGGGUUGUUGGUCAACAACGUUGGGUCCGUUUGCAUGGAACUUAAAAUUGUCGUUCGGCUCGAGCUUCGUGUAAACGAGACUUUUACGUAACCUUUUGUUCCUUGCACGAACUGGGCGUGCAACGGACGAUUUCCCAAAACCAUGAGCUUCGCCGGAAUGUAAUUAUUCUGGCAUUUUUUGUUACAACAGCACAGUGGAAUUCAGGUUUCGUGUAAAGAGCUUGCGCUAGAACCUGUGAACACUAUGACCGUUAAAAGACUGUUAAGGCGUGGUUGCAUGGAUGCGUGGUUACUAAGAUGGAAGACGGGUAGAUGGGUAGAUAGGAAAACAACUGAGAAAAGUUGAAAUUCAGCCUAGUUCGUCAGAUCCGUGUGAACAGAGCAAAAUUAUUGAACAGAUCCGUUUAAACGCAGUGUCCGGGCAAAUUACACAGCCGGUCGAAAAAUCGGCUGUUGUCGUGUGAACACAGCCAAAACCUGCUGCUUUUUAGACGUUCUCUUUGCCCUCGCAGACUUGACAUCUUUAAAAACUCUCGAAUAUGUCUAUUCAGUGUGGAGAGGUGGUCGUCAGUAGACAUUCGACUGUAGUCAGUACUCACAUUCAAUCUAAUAACUAAGACCGUUCAUUUUUUUUCAGGUUUACAGGGAGCCCGACCCGUAUCGUAAGGCCCUUAACAUUUUCAACACAAUAUUCACUUUCAUGUUUACCGGGGAAGCCAUAUUGAAGCUAUUUGCUUUUAGAUUGGUAAGACGUUCUCCUUUUGCUAACAGCGCUGCAAAAUGCACCGCGCAUGAGCGAAAAACUCAAGCCUGAUUACUCUGGGAUUUCCGGUUGCUUAUAUAAACCAAUUAAGAAAACAUGAAAUUCCUGUUUUAAAAAAAGUGUGAAUUUAGGUAGAAAGGUGAAGACAAAAGUUUCUUUUCAAGACUUUUUUUUCUCUAGAUUCAGGCUUUUGCGCGAAGGGUUUUUUUUUGCUUGCACUAACGCUGAGAAUGGUGACCUUUUUUACUGGCUUUCUUGCUUUUGGAUGUCUGUGCGGAAAAGAAUGGCAGCUCUUAACCAAAAUGAGUACUCUUAACAAGGACCGCUAAAACCUCUGGCUGUGGUCGGCUCAAUAACUUGUUACCUUCACCGGGACAAAAGAAGAAAUGAAACAAAAGAUUAGCAGGCUAUAAAUCCUUUUGUAUGUUUAGUGUGGGUGUAAGCGCGUUAUAUCAAAAGCCCUUGUGGCAAACCUGUAACAUCACAAGGCUUUUAGUGAGUUUAUUAGUCAUGGAAAAUGAAGCAUUGCCAUCCUGAUAUUCUUUUGUGCUUAAUUAUCUCUUUAAAGAAUUACUUUCGAGACGGCUGGAACGUGUUCGAUUUUAUCAUUGUGUUGGGAAGCUUGUUGGACUUCGCCCUCACCGUAAGCUUGGUAAGCAAAACACUGAUUUUAUGCACUUGCACUUUGCACUUUUUAUUUGAUUGUCAAUGUAUUUAGCACGAAAGUACUAAUUGGGGACACUAUAUUUUACGUCUCCAACUGGAGACGGGACCGCCAUUUUACGUGGUCAUUCGAGCCACGCGAAGGUCUAGCCUGUUGCAGUGCAAAGGGAGUACCUUCAUUUCUCGGUUAUUUUAAGACCCUGAGUAUUGGUCCGGCCCCAGGAAUCGAACCCGCGACCUCCCGCUGUGCAGUCAACACGCUCUACCGACUGAGCUAACACUGCCGCGGCAGGGUGAUUGAUUUGUGUUUAUCUUUACUUUUUUAUCCCGAGAAUAAACGUAAAAAUGGUAGAAAAAAGCGUGGAAGUUGUGUCGACGACUUUUUUCUUUCAAGGCUUGCAUUAUACCCUUUACAUUAAGGGGGCUUUGUUUAUCUGAGUGCCAUAUGUUGUGCUCAAAGCUGAACUGGAGUUAUAACCAAAUAUUCUUAGUCAUGUUAUCUCAGUCAUACUUGGAAAUGAAAAAGGAAGAUAUGAAAUGAUUCUAACAAAGGGAAAACAAAGCAUGAUUGGUUUAUAGUCAAUUUUCGACAAUACAGGUGCUUAACUUGAAAUGGUUGGCCCAAUAUUUUCAAGAUGUAAUUUGCUUCCACCAUGGCCAUCGAAAGCCAGAGAUAAACAUGUAUAGUUUAUGUAUAGCGGUGGAGUAAUUUUAAUAAAACUGAACCAUUAUUUCAGGGUUUUUGUUGACUCAAUUUUGUUCUUAAGGUUUUGAAGUAGUACUAAAGACUCGUGGCAUAGCCCCUUUGAAGUAACGAACUUACGUUUUCGAUAUCUAUUCUUUCAAUAGGAUAAUCAACAGAUGCCCUUUGAUCCCAGUCUCUUCCGUUUGUUCAGGGCGGCGCGGUUGAUUAAGCUGCUGAGGCAAGGUUACACUAUUAGAAUCUUGCUUUGGACAUUUCUGCAGUCCUUCAAGGUAAAUGUUACACUUACCUUUACCGUUUGUGUUUAUUAUGAAAGGCUCUUCACAGUUCACCGUUUUUCAUUGUUAACCGGUUACCGCGCUAAAUGGGAGGUGGGUGCCUGUGGUAUCUAGGGGACUUAACUAUGGCCACCCAGCCCUUAGAUAGAAUCUGCCCCCAUGGCAAAUCCCAGCAACCCGGCCAUGCGCCCCCAUACCAGGCACCCGUCACACUGACGAACCAAUCGAAAGAGGCAUAGCCAUUGUUUUUAGACCAGCAACUUUGCUCCAGGCUGUCUUUCUUUAACAAAGUGUAUAAAUGGUUACUAGCAACAUCACCCACUUGGAAGAAUGUGCAGUAAAGCUGUGCAUUGGCAACAGCAAAAAUAGUAGAGACACUUUGUCUUCAACUGCAUUUCCCACGUUUUGUCAAUACUGUUUUCUUCAAAGAGGAAACAACAAGCUUCCCUUUCUUACUUCCCCUAAACAAUGUUGUGCCGCUGCCCAAGUUGCCUGUGAGAAACAACAAAGGAACCAACCUUUCCCGGGUGGGGAGGGGUGCUGAUUUUUUUUGGUCGCUGAAGUAAACACUAUUUGACGAAAAAUUGUAAACUUCCGCCCAGUACGGAGUCUACGGUAAAGAGAUCGUGUCUUGAUAGCGAUCACUGAACGGAAUAGGUCAUUUCAGAGUUCCAAAAACUCUCACUUUCAAAACGAGGCUUGGUGCGAAACCUUUUUAUGUGAAAAUGAGAUUUGGCAUGAGAAUACAAAAUCAUUUUCAAAUGAGUGGCUUCGAACUUCGCCUCGCAUCAAAACAGAGGCUUGGAGCAACCUGGAAAUGGCGUAUUGGGUAAAACGAGGCUUUUAUUUCCCACAUCCCAAUAUAUCAAUUACACCUUUAAUCCCAUACUUCCACUGGAUACCACUGGAAGAGGAAAGUGAGAAAGAUGAUCCGAGUAACAACGCGUUGGGAAAAUAAUGCUAUUAAAUAGAUUUGAAUCAAGGAACGGAAAAGAUGAAGUGUCGAAAAAGUGUCGUUCAAAAUUGUCGAUUCACUGAUGUCAACCUAUGUGUUUUAUUUAGGCGUUACCAUAUGUAGGCAUGCUGAUCGGGUUGCUUUUCUUCAUUUACGCUGUCAUUGGUAUGCAGGUAUGUAAUGCAACGUUAGGAGGUCACGCAACGCAUCACGCAAAAGUGGAACCAGCCUCUUACACCCAGGGGUAGUCCAGAUUUCCUAAUGAAGAAAUGAUCGAACCCCAGGGGUACUUCAGAUAUCCGAUUAAUGGGGAUGAUCGAUCAGGGGUACUCAAGAUCAUCCGAAUGAGAGGGGGCGAUUGAACCCCUGGGUUACUCAAGAUAUCCAAGUGAAGGGAUGAUCGAAGGGGGAUUGGCUUAAUUUAAAAUUCGCGAUUUCAAGAUUUUGGGAAUAAGACCAAGCCUCUGAGCAAGUGUAUACAUGUAUAUUUUUGGGGGUGUGGGAUAGCUGCUCACUUUAAAUUUCAACUUUUGGAUUUUAAUACCUGGAUGUGAUUUUUGUCCCCUAUCACUCCUCUACAUCACUCUGUAGCUGAAGUCCCUCUCCCACUAAUCCCCUUCCCCCUACUCCCCCACCCCCUGCCUCUACCACUCCCUCAUAGUACAGCGUAGUUGACCAGCCUGUGACCCGUUUUUGACCCGUUAUGGUGGCAUCGCCGUACCGUCAUUGCGUCCAUGGUAACAGGGUUUUCUACGAAACAGGUUUUGCGUCAAAGACUUAAGUGCAAACAUGACAAAUUAACGUGAACUGAACUCUUCAUGAAGGUCAGGUAGACAACAAAUACUAGUUUAUGACUAUUUGACUUUUUCUUGUCUCUGCCGUAAAGUGAUGUAUACUCAACCUCUGAAUAUUAUUCUGUAGAUGUUUGGUCAGAUCACCACGGAUAACGGCGACCUUGGUGAUCCCUGGAGUCAGAUUAACGGUCGAAAUAACUUCCAGUCAUUUCCCGAGGCUCUCCAAGUGCUUUUCAGGUAUGACAGUAAUUUACGAAAAAUUAUAAUAUUAUAAUCUGAUCACUAUAGAACAAAACCCCUAGUAGCUUUUUGUUCUAAACUGUUAACAGGAGCUCGAUUAGCCUGCGAGCAAGCUCUCCUAUUUGGGCGAGCAAAGUGAGCCUCGCGAGAACGCGCGAGCGAGGGGCCGAGGCCCCUCGCAGCUUCGCCGCUCGCUUGCUCGCUCGCGCGUUCUCGCGAGACUCGCUUCACUCGCCCAAAUAGGAGAGCUUGCUCGCAGGCUAGAGCUCCAUUUUUCAGUUUUCUUUCUAAUGAUAAAAUGACUACCAAUACCAGUGGCGGAUCUAGACCUUCAGAUAAGGGGGAGUGCCCGGUGUCAGGAGCCGUGCUAAAUAUGGUGCAGAGUUUAAAUAUAAUCCAGUAUUGUCGUGACUUAUUAUGUUCCUUGCUGCAAUUCCUUGAUAUUGUCACGUUGUCUUGUCACGCUUUCUGCCUGCCUGCACUGUAAGUCCUUGAUAUUGUGACGUUAUCUUGUCAUGCUCCUUGCCUACAUGCACUUUUGUUCCUUCGUGUUGUCACGUUUUCUUGUCACGCUUUCUGCCUGCCUGCGCUGUAAGUCCUUGAUAUUGUGGCGUUUUCUUGUCAUGCUCCCUGCCUACAUGCACUUUUGUUCGUUCGUGUUGUCACGUUGUCUUGUCAGGCUUCCUGCCGGCGUGCACCGUCGUUUCUUGACAAUGCAACGUUAACUUUGUCACGAUAUUUGUGUAGGUUUUUUUUUUGCGUUGCCACGUUGGUAUUUUCGUAUUGACUUGUCACGCUUCUUGAUGUAGGUCUUUACAUUAUCGCGUAACGUACAGUAAUUUUUCGAAAAAACGCCCUGUCUAAACACAAAUUUGUAAAUAAAGCUCUCAGACAUUUUUUAUGUUACAAGAAACUAACAUCAAGUUGCACGGCUGUCAAGAAAAAUGAAUAACAACCAUUUCUCACAAAUUAGUGGACCCGAAUAGACUGCAGCUUUAAAUAAAUACGGGAUAUACUAGGGAUAAUAAAAUUGAGAGAAUACGGUAUCGAGGUCCUUGCCCUUUCACAAGGGUCUUGAUAUCGUCAGGCCAAACUGUGACCGCUCCACCCUCCUGUGUUUUUUUCGCUAACGUGCAACGCAUUUGCCUAUUCAUAGGUCUGCUACGGGUGAAAACUGGCAACUGAUCAUGUUAGCGUGUCAAAGCGGCGCAGUGUGUGAUCCCAGGGUGGUGGAUCCACCGGGCACAUGUGGCAGCCCUUUCACUUACGUUUAUUUCAUUUCCUUCAUCUUCUUUUGUUCUUUCCUGGUGAGUACAAGAAUUCAAAUUUACGCUAUUACAUCAAAAACUUCCAAAAAUACAUUAGGCUGAUUUAGCAACAGGACGGGAACGUUAGUUGGCGACGGGAAAGCGCGCGGAAAGGACUAAACACGACUUCCGGUUCCCAAUUUGCCGCUCUGCCAUUGGUCAAGCCAGAUGUGUGAUUUGCGCAAGCCGUUGUGAACUGACGUUCCGUUCUGUUGCUAAAUCAGCCUAUUGUGUGCAAAGCAUUUUCCAUCACUAUGUAUAACACGGAAUUUCUCGAUGUGUACAGCAAUACUUAGAGAUACCCUACAUGUCACUUCCUAUAAAAUGUUUUUAAUGGUUAUAGUCAUAUGCCCUAUUCACACGUAUCCGGAUACUUUCGAAAACAUUUUGUCUCCGUUUUAGGCCAUCGUUUCAAAAAUCUCUGCUCAAAGGACCGUUUUUGAAAACCUGCACUUUUGUUGCCUGAAAACGCCGUUUAGGUGUGGACAGAAAGCUAAAACGGAGAAAUGAUAUCCGUUUUCAAAAACGUCCGAAUAUGUGUGAACGGGGCCAUGGCAAAACAAUUAUUAUUCACACGAGAAAAUGUUAAUGGUCGUUAGGAGGAUUCAAUUUAGAGUCGCACAUCCUAAAAAAAAAAAAAACAGUACUCGGCACUGUGUAUCACUGCUUGGUAAUGAGAACACCUUGUACAGCGUAACAAACAACAUCAGCGUCGAGGCUUAAAAUAUUACACUUUUCUCAAUGCUUAGUUCUACAGUAAAGUAUUGUCUAGUUCACUUCGCAUGAACGAAGCUGCAUAUGAAAGUUUAAUUUAUUACUGGCUUUAAAGCGUUUAACAUGUCUUUUCACUUUGUUUUUAGCUCCUUAAUCUUUUUGUGGCUGUUAUCAUGGACAACUUUGAGUACCUUACACGUGACGAAUCCAUUCUCGGCCCACACCACCUCGACGAGUUUGUCCGCGUGUGGUCUGAGUUUGAUCCUGGAGCCACGUAAGUUGCGAUAUAUAUUUGUCUUCAUGAUAUUUGUUGUUAGUACUUUUUGUUGGUGUGCUUGUUGUUUGUGCCUUUGUUUAUUUUAUUGUUUAUCGUUUUUUUAAAUUUCUUUUGUUUUUUUUUUUCCAGGGGUCGUAUAAAGCACACGGAAGUUUGUCAGUUGUUAAGACAAAUGUCUCCUCCAGUUGGAAUCGGCAAGAAAUGUCCUAAGAUCGUCGCUUACAAGGUUGGCAAGUCUCAGUUGCUUGAGUGUCAUAGCUGCUAUGUUACAGAGCUAAAACAUAAUAAUUUGUUUGUUUUUUGGCUGGAGGGGCGGGUUGGGAACUGUGCCAUCAAUAUUGGGGAGUCAAGUCCCUUUAAUCAAUAACAAGAAGAAAGCGAGCAACUGAGAACUAAGCAAAUAACAAAGUGAAUUGAUUUUUAGUUGUAGAGAUCCAUCUAGAAAAAAUAAAAAUAAGUAAAUUCCAUGUGGCAAAAUUAAAUAAAAUUUUUGGUUUGACAGAAGGCACACUUGACCUUGGACACCUUAUGAUGCCUACACAAAGCAAUUCUUUAAAUAGUAAGGAGCGGAUUGACCAUGUAGCGAUUAGUGUGAUUAUGAGGGUUGAAACAAUGACUACAGCUCUAGUGAAUGCGAAAGAGUUAGGUUUGAUUGACUGUUAGGGUUUUCAUUAUAGAUUUGUAAAUUAAAGUUGACUUAACCCUGCGCUUUUUUUUUUCAGCGCCUGAUUAAGAUGAACAUGCCGCUGUACCCAGAUAACACGGUCACAUUUACGGCUACUCUAUUUGCCCUGGUGCGGACCUCGCUCAAGAUAAUGACUGAGAAAAGUAAGAUUGCUCUCUGUCUUUCUCAUUGUUCCUGUUUUGUGUUACACAUAGGCUGUGAACUGAGAUGUUUUGGUUGGCUCAUUGGUUUGACUUGGGUCUCGCGACUUUCUUCGCUAAAAAAAAGGUCGACUUUUGGACUACUCUGCUCGGACGUAAGAGCUAAAAUCGUCCACGUAAUUGGCUUUUUAAGCUAAAUGAUUUGACUUAUGCAAACGGUCUUAUCACCAAGUGACAUGAUACAAAAUAUUGAAGCAACUCUGUGCAGCACCAAGAAAAACCUGCCCAAGACGGACAGCAUCUACGAAAUUCAGACCAAGGACAAUAUUUAAAAUUCUUCUUUCUUUUCAGAUAAUCUUAAGGAAAACGAUAAGGAAUUGAGAGCCAUGUUGAAAAGAGUCUGGCCGAAACUCACAAAGAAGACCUUGGACAGAGUUGUUCCAAAACCUCCAAGUCUCAUAAACAAUGGUAAGAAUCAAUAAAAGAUUUUGAGAGCAGGGAAAUACAUUAUACGUAUGAGCGAUACUGUUUUUUUUUUUGCUACGGGUUCCAGUUGUUCAAAAGGUAAAUAGCGGUAUCGGCUUGAUAAAUCUCUACUUAGCGGAUAGCGCAGUCAGUUUCCUGACUCUUAUCCAGUGGAUAGCGCUGCCCGGCUUUGUAAAAUUCUGGGGCUUGCUCAACGGAGCGGCAUGUGGGCACUGAAAAUGUGCCUGGUGCUAAACUCUUUGUUACUCCGCUGUAAGGGGUCUCAAUUUGCUAUCUUGAAUGAGCCCGAACCGAGGAAGAGCCAAUACAGUUUACUCUAACGGAAAGACUUGAAUAUUUACUAAGAAAUGCAUAUGGUUUGUUGACCUUUGUUCGGACUUUCAUGGUUAAUUUUGCAAUUUUUGAAUGGAUGUGUCUCUGUCAAUGUUGACCUGAUAAACACCAAACUUGAGAAUUGUGGAAAACUCGGUGUGCUUUUUGUAACACGAAACAGUGUGGGUCUUGUGUUGAUAGUCCCAUAAUACUGGGACUCGUACCUAAUCCCCCAAGAUAUGAAGUCCUGCAAUGUCAAGUAAUUCUCUCGUGUGCUAUGAUGAUACUUCAGGUCAAGUUAACUGUGUCGUCAUGGAGUUUGGCUAAAUGUCGGCGGUUGCGGGUCGCGAGUGAAAGUCACUGGUACCAUCCAGUGCGGGUAAAAGUCUUGAGUAACGUAGCGUGCAUAACGGGCACUUUAUGAGCCAAGCGAGGCGAACGCGGCAUUUUGCUUGGUAGAUCGUUUUCACCUCAGCAACUAUGAUCAUUUCUUGUAACAAAAGAAAUAAUUUACAUACGAAAUUAGUUCAAUCCGACAGAAACCUGGCCGCUGUUUCAUUGUUUUGUACACCAAUAUGGCCUCCGUGACGUCAUGUGAAAAUGAUCUGUUGAGAUGUAAUGCAUGCGACUUCAUGUAUUCUUCAUGUUUACUAUAUAUUUCUUGUAAAUAGGUAACAAUUUUUACAAUAUUUCAUUUUCCAGCAAAUCAAGCCAAUCAGCAGCCGCAAAUGACCGUGGGAAAAAUAUAUUGUGCCAAAUUAAUUUACGAAAACUACAAGUUUAUGAGGCGGAAAGGAGAGGUACAGAAUAAGGUAAAUUGGACAACGAGCUGUUAAAGUUUAUUUUUUGUUUUACAGGGGCAGAUUUGGGUUGAUGAAAAUGAAAUGAAAAAGAUCGUUUCGGUCAGUCCAACUGUGCAAUUGCUGGGUCAUUAGGUAGGAUUGGUCUGACCUCAAAGUGUCCUUUUAUUUCGUCAAAUAUAAGAAAAAGCGUCUCAGUAAAAGAGAUUAGCAGAUUUUGGGUUCUAGUCGGUGAGUAAUUCGUCAUAAACAGGCCUUAAGAACCCUAGAAUUUAAGGGGGAAAUGAUAUUUUCAGAGCUCAGAGCAUGUAUUUACAAUAAAACGAUCACAUUUUGAUCCUUUCAAUAUUAUCCAGUAGAGACUGCAGAAUAUCGUUCCUUGUACCGGACAGGACUGGGCUCUACCGUGGGCUUGUUUGCCGCGCUGUUUUUCCCUUCCAGUUCUUUCUCUUGGGUCGUGACGUCAUUAUUGUGCUUCAGGCCUAACUUUGGCUGCCCAAGGCCCUUUCAGCUGUACAUUUAGUUUCUCCUGCGGUCUUUCCUUGUUUCUUUCUUCCUUUUACAAUAUUAUCAUAUCUCUAAUCCAAUAUUAACGUUUACUUUAAAUAUUUCUAAUAGCAUUAAAAUAAAUAUAAUACAUUUUUCCUCAAAGUAAAAUUAUAAGGUAUCCCAAACUAAAUACUCUAAAAAUGUUUACGAAAGUUUAAUGCAUUAAACCACAAGUCACAGUAACGUCGAAAUAAACCUUUAACCCUUUAAAGUGACACCAAAAAAAUAUUUUUAAGAAACAAGUUCAGAGUAGCCUUUGUUUUUUUGGUCAGCGGUUGUUGUGUUCUGAACCGAUGAUCAAGGGAACCAAGGGCUCUGGUAAAAUAAUCUGUAACUUAAGGAUAAGCUUUUAAAACCUAACAUUAAAGAAAGAGAUUUAACUGUAGUAUAACAAGAAGUAUUUUCAAAACAUAGUACUUGAUCGCAGAUUACAGAUAGCUCGAUGAUAACUAGCUCUGUCGUUUAUUCCUUCAACUGUUCCUACCCCAGCGUCGUAUCCGAGUGCUUCUUGGGGUUUUUGACGGUAAUCACAGCACAAGAGGUCAUGGGAAGGAUGAUAAACAAGAAAACUCUCUGUUCGCAUUUAGCCUUCUUAAGUUCCUUUGCGGUUUUUAACCUUACCGUGAUCGUUUUCGCUGCACUUCAAGAAUUUUCCUCACUUCUUGCGCGGUGGCUUGCUGCCAAAGGUCCCAAGAUUCUUCUAAGAGGUAGUCUAUUCAGUAACUACUGGUUGGAUUGACAAAGUUGGCUUAAGAUAAACCUGGGGGUUGUAUAAAAUGCUUAACUGUUGUAGAAGGAAACAUUUAACAGGAAAGCACUAUACAUUUGUCAAAGUCCUCUUUCACAGUGCUUUGCUGUUAAAUGUUGUUUCACUUUUGGCCAGGACCUUCUUGGCUUCUUCAUAUGUUUAUAGUGACUAACUGUCUGUCACAAACAACACGAACACUUCAUUAUUAGUUGAUUUUACUGCACUUCUUAUCUUCUUUUUGUUCUUUCUCUCUUUAUCUUGCCUUGGAGCAGGAUGCCGACCAGGUAGGUUUUACUUUGUCUUUACCUUUUGUUCUCUGAUACUCUUCUGUUUUUCUGCGGUUUUGUUGUUGUUGUUGUCGUUGUUGUUGUUGUUGUUGUUGUUGUUGUUGUUGUGGCUGUAUAAUUCAUAUUCUUUUUUGUUCUUCUGCCACAUUUGUGGAUUUUAUCUACAAACGGGAGAAGCUCUUUGUACAGCACAGUAAACAGUACCACAAAAAAGCACUAGUCAGUUGCUAUCAUUUGAUUGAUCGCACGUUAGGGUUUUAUCCACAUCCUCAAAGUUUAGAAUUACCACUGUUUAGUAGCUUUCAUUUGACUGGUCAUACGUUCUAUACUUCACUGUGUGCCACCUUGUACAUUGAGCAAAAUAAACAGCAUCAAUACGUCAUAAACUGCCUCGACAGCCAUAUUUCUACAUCUUAAAUAAAUUUCCCUACAAAAUUUUGCAUUUCAGUAGACUCAUUUGCUCCCCUCGCCUAGAAUGGCUACACGCACCGAGCCCUAUUGCCUUUUCUGGUUUAAUUUAUUUUCCUCAUCACUGUCAACUGGCGUUAAUUUCUCAGGGAACUGUUCUGAGUCGCUUUGUUGGCGGAUCUAUGUUCCAGAAAUUACGACGAGAAAACGACCCUGAAUUAGGAGAGGUAUACACUGAAGUGUUUAAUUCUUACUCCAGCGCGUAAUCUUGCACGUAAACAUUCUGUGACAGUAACUUUGUCGAGGUCACUGGUCAUCCAGCCAAGAGUUCGUCCCUUCUGCUAUUAACGAACUUAAAACUCAUCUACUCUGCUAACUUUAAACGUUUCUUCCUUUAAAACGCGCAUUAUUUUCAAGUAAUUUUAAACUUUCAGUCGUGUUUAAUACUAACGAAUAAAAUCAGUGACGUUUUUAUGUCUUAAUCUAAUCUUUAAACCAAUGGUAAGCCUUAUGCAUCAAACUUCAAUCCAGCACACCAGAUCGAACCUUCAUGCAUCCGUCCGUCCUUUAUUGCACCUUAAUUAACGAUGAGUGAAUUUCUCUUUCUUUUUUCACAAUACAACAGGUUUGUCUACAAGAAAUUAUUUUUGUUGAUAGGUGCAUAGGGCUUACCUAACAGCUGAUUUAAUAAAUAAUAAAAUAAAUGAAAUGAUAAGCAUUCUCGAAAGUGCUCUUCUCUUUCUUUCUUCUAUCUCCUCGAUCUUGCUGCUAUUUAGUUCUAUAUUCCCGACCCUAACGGGUUUUUCUUACAAGUUUUAUUGCUUGACAUUUCCUUUGUUAUAAAAUGGUUUUUAUUGCAUGGAAACCAGACCAAAAACUGAAACAAAUGAAACAUGCUUCACACAACAGGAGAUCACUUGACCGAUAUUCGUACGACCGUGGAAACGUGCUUGUUGGCCAUGUUUUGACUUUUUUUGCUGUUCUUUAGAUUAGUAUAGUAAAUGAAAUGAUAUGUGUGGAGAAAAGGACACAGAAAAAAAUUCUGAGUUUCAGAUGGUAAUUGAACCCACGACCUUCCGUACACUAGUCGGAUGCUCUAAUCACUGAGCUACUGAGAACUCAGUGGUGAGCAGGUCAAUUGUGGGCUGACAGAACUACCGCAUCGCGCAGUCACAUUAGAUUAGUGUCUUUUUUUACAUUUUUUUUUUUUAACCUCUUAUGAGGUCCAACACAAUCAGAAAUAACUUCAUGACUUCGUAGAUUUCAUUGUAUAUGGUGGAAUUUUUUAGAGCGGAGUGAAAGUAGUAAGGUUUGGGAACAUUCAGUUGCGUCAUGUAAGGGAACCCGAGAUAAUUUUGCUCGUGGAAUCCGCAUUACAGCUCAAGGAAUCUGGAAUCCCACCAACGAUUGGAAUUCGGAAUCCAAGUUCCACCUACCAAGAAUCCGGAAUACACGGUGUGGAAUCCAGAGUUCAAGACUGUCUUGGAUUCCCUUACGUGGGGUAAAUGUAGGCAAACUAGGAAUCAUGGAGAUGUAAUAGAAGGUUUGGUUGCGUUUCUUUGGAAGAAUGGAGCAUUAGAUUCUUGAUAUCACAAAUCUUUUGAUUCGAUUGCGAGGAAAGAAACAAACGAUCCAAAAUGAAUACUGAAGGCCAUGUUACACGGAGCGAUUAGUAACGACGAUUUUUUUAUCAUUAUUUUUUUUUUGGCGGGCCUCAUAUUGUUAUCAGGGGUCAAUUUAAUAAAACUUUUACAAGUGUAGCCAGUGUUUUAGAGUCUGAAAACAAUAGCUAAGCUUGUAAAUUACAGUUGUAAGAGUUUUAUUAAAUCGACCCUAGGUUUACGUUUUUUCAGAUCUGUGCCCUAAAAUAGCAGUGAUCUUGAAUCCUAAAUUUCCUGCUGCCUUGUAAUUUUUUAUAAGUGUACAACUCCCGGACGUUUGCGAAUUUUAAGGUAGUGCAUAUAAUGAUAAAAAAUAAAGUAGUGAAUUAUUUCGAUCAAGGCUGAUGUACACAACUCAUUUUUGCCAGGGACUUCAAAUGCAAGAAGUUGCAGUUAGUUUAACUGAUGGUCCGCCGUAUCACUCAGGUUCCGUGCAGGGCCUCUAUCACCCUAAUCACCAGGUAAGACUGAUCAGUUUAAAGUAACUGAGUAAUUUUCUUGCAGUAUACCCGUUAUACCCUGACUUUGGUCUCUAGUCUGAUGUUGUAGUGUAUUCUGUUGAGAUGUGGUUCUAUGGCGGCUGGCUGAAAGCCUGGACUCGGUUGCAUAGAACCUUACCCAAGUGGCCCAAGCGGCCAUGUAAUGUUCCGUUUAUUUUAAGGACACUGAUGAAAUUCCUACAUAGAACACAACUUUUUUUUGAUCCAUUUUCGAAACAGCAAAAUAGUGCAACUAAAGCAGUCACCUCUCGCAAAAUGCCUGUCACACCCGGAUAUAAAGUUGUAAUGGAGAAAUAAAGACAAUAAUUGGCUAAUCAUGUUAGAAAUCUAGCGACACCAAUGUCCUCACAUCUGAAAGUUAAAAAUAGUAUCUUCACUGCGCGGGAUGAAGAUCUGAUUUUUUUAGUAAAAUGAAAAAUCGUGGUAUUUCAUCGGUAUCUUUAUAACAAAGCGUUUUAUUGGGCUGAGCGUCUGUUGUUUACUGCUACUUCUGCUACUGUCCUCGGAUCUUGUAUGUAGACAAACGGUAAAAUUUUCCGUUUUCUAUCUUUCUUUCUUUCUUUUUUUCCUUUUUUUUUUUUUUUUUGCCGUUUCCAAGGAACUGGAACGAACCCACCGCAAUGCGCAGCCUGGCAGCCUGAAAAGCUGAGGCCCCACUUAAAGAGGGAAGUCUACGCAUGCGCAGAGCGCUACUUUAGCAAGUCCCAAAUGACAUUUCCCAGCUGAGUUACCACGCAUCCAUGCAACCACGCCUUUGCCGUACAAUACUUAAGACAUAAUGUUCACACAGCACCGAUCAAACCUUUGACCUUACCCGUGACGAAAAAUAUGACCUCGGUUUUGGCGGUCAAAUUUAAGAACGGCUAGGCGUCUAAAUUUUAGUACGGUUAUGGUGCUUCCGUGUGAACGGUUUUGGUCCCAGAAAACUAAGUUGGAAAGUUCCAUAAUUGGUCACGACACCCAUUGACGGGUUUUUAUUAGCCCAUUCUUAAAAAAAGUUUUCUUCUGCUCUUCUAUAGGUAAUGGAGAGCCCGACCCGAUCCCGCUACCCGUCCCAUCAAAUGCCUCCGGUAGCUCACCACUCUACAACGUCUCUAAAUGAAGGGCGUGGUCCUGGUGUUACCACAUCUCUAGCCGGUCCUCAUCGGCGUCAAUUGCCUCAGACGCCUGGCUCUCGCACUGGAUCUCAACUCUCUUUGACCGGUAAAGGACCAGCGCUCCCGGAAAACCGGGGCGACAGUGUUCUAGAAAACGGCUAUCAUCCGAAUAUGAACCAACACAUUGCCAUGGCAAUACGAAGUGGGCAAAGCCCUUACGCUAUCUACGGUCUAGAAGACAUGGGUGAUGAGGACGACUGGUGCUAGCAUCUAAAUACACGUGACGAUCACGUGCGUUCACUACCUUCUAAUUGGUCACUUUGGAGACAUGUGUGCGGGCUUAUUACGUGAGUUUUUGGGCCAUAGCGUUGGACCCUACGUGAUUCCACCCUUUUGCAGUAGGCGAUUUAAACUUCCUCGAGGCAUAAAAUAUUAAAUAAGUGGAUAACGAAAAAUAGUGUGGCGAAGAAACUCCACAAAUUCCUUCACGCUAUACAACGAAAAGUAAUGGUCUCUUUUAUGGACGUUGCACCAUUCACUUGCCAAUAGUUUUGUAAAAUUCUCUGCGCCAAGCAUUCAACGAGGUCGACGAGAGGAAAGAUGGAGCUAUGUUCAAAGCCAAGUCAAGAUAGUAAAAGGAGAUUAUUGAAUAAAUUUCGGAUGAAUUUGCCGCGUUCUUGUUAGUUAAGCGAGGAAGAGACUUCGACGCGAGCAAAUUUGUUUGCUUUUGAUAACCAAUUUUACAAAACUCUUUCUGUAAUCUGUUUAUUUAUUUAUUUAUUUGAUAUCUAUAGACAGUUCAAAUGAAAUAUAAAUUAAUAUAUAAAAAAUAUAGUCUGGCUUAAAAGAAAAUCAAAAAAUUAGUACUUGAUAGAUUACCAAAUGUUACUCUAGUAAGUUAGCUUGCGCUGUGAAUUUUCAGUUUUCACAAGCUUGGCUGAGACUUCUUUUUAAGCAAAAUAUCCUAACUUUGUUUUGGAAUGGAAAUUGCUUGUCUAUUUGCAAGGUAUGCACUAAUUUUGGUUAAAAAGCAGACGAUUGUAUUUAGCACCAGCUGCCGGCAGCCCUUGGCAAAAUUUUUAAGUCAAAUUAAUUUUGUAUAAGUAAUUUAAAAAUCAAUCGCAGCACAAGGAUUUUUCGGAAAGAAGCAGAAAAGCUUAGAACGGAAGCUUCUUUGAUCCCAUAAAGAGAUGAGGGAUUGGAUUCCUGCAGCACUAUGAGUUCAUUAUUAAAAAAGAGGUUUUUUUGUUUGUAGCUGAUCAAAUGAUACGAACUCAUUCAUGUUUGGCCUCAGGAACUUUUUUAUUAUUAUUAUUAUUGUUAAUUUGUAGUUGUCUGUUUUGUUCGGAGUAGUUAACUGGUUUAGCUUCAUAAUGCGACCCUAUUAAGUAGCCGAGGGAAUUAUGCUGCAACCGCACAUUUAAAAGACCGCUUUUUCAUUAAAUAGCGAUCUAAUGAGCCUCUUUAUUUUAGCGAGCAGGUUUGUUCAUGGGGCAAGCUAAUUGAUACAAGCAAAGUGGUGGUGAUACGGAUGAGGGCCGCGCUUUCUCUCCCUGUAAUUUAGAUCAACCCGAAGUUCGCUGACGGGACGAGACACGCCGAGAUACUUCGUGUCGACAACGACCACUCUUCCUAGUCUGCUCGAGGUAGCAACCUCGUUCCCAGUUCUUCCAGGGAGGAACAGAAAAGACCCGAGAACGAGGUUGCCACUGCAAUUUUUACCAGUCUAUGCCUUCCCUCUCACUUGCUCUGUCAGUUCCAUAAAAUUGCUCUUUUCACGAUGCCGUGAGGUUACUUCAACCACAGAAAAUCGUUUUGUUUCUAUUUCCUUGCUGAAGUUUUGUAAUUGUAGUGUAAUUUAAAUGACAAUACCCUCGAUUUUUACCCUAGGAUUCUGGUGGUUGAUGGUAAAGUCCUCGUGAAAAUUGCCGAUUUUAUAACAUGAUUUUACUGACUUGCGACGAGAGUGUCUUCCUCGUC